UUUUCUUCUUUAUUAAUUAAUUAAUAAAACCCUCCCUUCAUCUGUCACUCCCAAAAUCCCUAAUCUUUACUGAAAACCCUAAAAACCACACACAGACAACACUGUUAUUAUUACGUUACGUAUGUAAUAUUUCUUUUCUAAUUUCAUUAUUAUUUUGAUUUGAUAACAAGUCCUAGUUCAUGUGUACCUAAAGAUCCAUAUAUCAAAAUAAGGUAACGCUGUAUCUAUAUUAUAUACCUAUCGAUGUGUUAGGGUUCUAUAUAGAUAUAGAUAGAGAGAUAGAUAGAUAUUAUUGUAUUCAUAUAUAUAUAGAUAUAUAAAGAAAGAUUUGUGUAUAAAAAAAGAUGGAUGAUCUGGAAAAAGCGAUACUGAUUAUAUUCGAUGAAUCCGGAACGGUGACGGCGGUGUUGAAAUCGCAAGCAGUUGCAUUCUGUCAACAAAUAAAAGAUAAUCAAUCUAUAUGUAGUAUAUGUAUCGAGCGUUUAUGUUUUACUAAGCUUGUUCAAGUUCAGUUUUGGUGUUUACAAUGUCUGCACGAGGUUCUGCGUGCUCGAUACCCCGGUAUGAGUGCCGAGGAGAAGAGUUUCGUUAGGAAGUCUGUGUUUUCGAUGGCCUCUUAUGAUUCGGUUGGUAAUAAUGUUUUGGAUGGGCCUGGUUAUGUAAAGAAUAAACUUGCUCAGGUCUUGGUCACUUUGAUUUAUUUUGAGUAUCCGUUGGUUUGGUCUUCCGUUUUUCUUGAUUUCUUGCCUAAUUUGAGUAGAGGUGGUGUUGUGAUUGAUAUGUUUUGUCGGCUUUUGAAUGCUCUGGACGAUGAGCUGAUUAGCCAGGACUAUCCACGAACCGCAGAGGAAGGUGUCAUCUCCGGCAAAAUCAAGGACGCAAUGAGACAACAGUGUGUUAAUCCGAUUGUUCAUGCGUGGUAUGAGAUUGUUUCUUUGUAUAAGAUUUCCGAUCCUGAGUUGUGUGCCUUUGUUUUGGAUACAAUGAGGAGAUAUAUUUCUUGGAUUGAAAUCGGUUUAAUUGCAAACAAUACUUUCCUUCCUUUGCUAUUUGAGUUGAUGUUGGUAGACGGAGUAAAUGAUCAGCUUAGAUGUGCUGCUUCUGGUUGUGUUCUUGCCGUGGUUUCUAAACGCAUGGACCAACAACCUAAGCUUACCCUCUUGCAGAGCCUACAAAUGAAUCGGUUAUUUGGUUUAGUAGCAGGUGAUGUGGACUCUGACUUUGUAUCGGGCUUGGCAUCUUUGCUGACUGGAUAUGCUUCUGAGCUUCUUGAUUGUUUGAAGAAUCUGAAAACUGAAGAUCUCAAAAGAGCUUCAGUUGAUCUCCUGAAUGAAGUUUUGCCGUCAGUUUUUUAUGUAAUGCAAAACUGUGAGAUCGACACAACUUUCAGUACUGUCCAGUUUCUUUCUGGAUAUGUUGCCACAAUGAAGACCUCUUCACCAUUGACCGAAACUCAGCUUUUUCAUGUGGGUCAGAUCUUAGAGGUUAUCCGUAUGCAGAUUAGGUUCGAUCCCAUGUACCGUGAGAAUCUAGAUGUGUUGGAUAAAGUAGGCAAAGAGGAGGAAGAUCGGAUGGCGGAGCAUAGGAAAGAUUUGCUUGUCUUGCUACGUAAUGUAGGCCGUGUGGCACCUGAUGUUACCCAAAUAUUCAUUAGAAACUCACUAUCAAGUGCCGUGGGAUCGUCUCUGGACAUUAAUGUUGAAGAAGUAGAGGCGGCUUUGUCUCUUUUUUACGCGUAUGGGGAAUCGUUAAGUGAAGAUGCGAUGAAAACUGGUACUGGGAUCCUGAGAGAACUAGUACCCAUGCUUUUAUCAACCAAGUUCCCUUGCCAUUCUAACAGGCUGGUUGCCUUGGUGUAUCUCGAUACAAUAACAAGAUACAUGAAGUUUGUUCUUGAGAAUAAUCAGUAUAUUCCUGCAGUUUUGGCAGCAUUUCUUGAUGACAGAGGUAUACACCAUUCAAAGGUGAACGUGAGUCGAAGAGCAAGUUAUCUUUUUAUGAGAGUUGUGAAACUGCUCAAAGCAAAGCUUGUGCCUUUCAUUGAAACGAUUCUGCAAAGCCUGCAAGAUAUAGUUUCUCAGUUCACGAGUAUGGAUUAUCCAUCAAAAGAACUUUCUGGAUCUGAAGAUGGCAGUCAUAUCUUUGAGGCGAUUGGGUUGUUAAUUGGAAUGGAAGAUGUACCACUGGAAAAGCAAACAGAGUACUUGUCAUCUCUGCUUACUCCUCUUUGUCAACAGGUUGAGAUUUUGAUUGCGAGUUCCAGAGGACUAAACUCAGAAGAGUCCUUAUCAAAAAUUGUCAAUAUUCAGCAAAUAAUCAUGGCUAUAAAUGCAUUAAGCAAGGGGUUCAGCGAGCGUCUUGUAACUGCCAGUCGCCCUGCUAUUGGUCUCAUGUUCAAGCAGACGCUGGAUGUGCUUCUGCAAAUCCUUGUGAUCUUCCCAAAAGUAGAAACCUUGCGUUCUAAGGUUACCUCAUUUAUCCACCGGAUGGUGGAGACUUUAGGAUCAUCUGUAUUUCCAUACCUUCCUCAGGCUUUGGAGCAGUUGCUUGCUGAAAGUGAGCCAAAGGAACUCGUUGGAUUUAUUGUAUUACUCAAUCAACUUAUAUGCAAAUUCAAUACUUCUGUCCAAGAUAUUUUGGAGAAUGUGUACCCUGUUAUUGCGGCUAAAAUCUUUAGCAUUCUGCCGAGGGAUACAAUUCCUUCCGGACCUGGGAGCAACACUGAGGAAAUUCGUGAAUUGCAAGACCUUCAACGGACGUUCUAUACUUUUCUUCAUGUGGUGACAACGCAUGAUUUAUCAUCGGUGUUCCUUUCUCCUAAAGGCCGAGUCUAUUUGGAUUCGAUGAUGCAGUUACUGUUGUUCACUUCCUGUAAUCAUAAGGAUCUAGUUGUUCGAAAGGCAUGUGUACAAAUUUUUAUAAAACUGAUUAAAGAUUGGUGCACGAGGCCCUUUGGUGAAGAGAAGGUACCUGGUUUUCAAAGCUUCGUGAUUGAAGCUUUUGCAACAAACUGUUGUUUGUACAGCGUUCUUGACAAGUCCUUUGAGUUUCGUGAUGCAAGUACUCUUGUUUUAUUUGGAGAAAUUGUGUUGGCUCAGAAGGUUAUGUAUGAGAGGUUUGGCAACGAUUUUCUCAUUAACUUUGUAUCAAAAGGUUUUCUUGCCGCACAUUGCCCUCAAGAUUUAGCAGAGGAGUACUGUCAGAAAUUGCAGGGUAAUGAUAUGAAGUCACUGAAGCUGUUCUAUCAAUCUCUAAUUGAGAGUUUGAGAGUGCAACAGAAUGGAAGCCUUGUUUUCAGAUAGCAUGAUCUCAACCGUUGAAGUUAAUCACCAAUGGUUCAUGUGUUGCUCCUGUUACCAGUUGCGGUGCUAAAAUUUUGUUCUCAAGAGGUUUUUGCCCUGUAUAUAGCAUUUAUCUGGCUCUCCAUUACAGUGAGGUGUAAAUUUCAAGCAGUUUCUUAUGUUGACCUGUCAAGAAAAGAAGUUUUGUCAUGAAUGGUCAUCUGUAUUUCCCUGAUCAGUUUGUUACCUGUAUGCUCUACAAUCUUCUUUAGUUGGGUUUAUAAUUAAAUUUUGUUCUGCGAACGGUUCUACUCUUACCCUACAUCCCAUGUCCACAGACGAGUUAAUGGUGAAUCUAAAUCCAAGUCUACUUGGCAUUGUUACAAUCUGUCUUUGGAAGCUAUUGAUCUUUCAUGUAACGCCUUUUGUUUGAAAUCAUGCUUUGCCAAUGUAAACAUUAUGUGUUUUAGCA